GAAAAAGGGUAAGCACGCACACACGCGAAGAAGGUUUUCACGUGCUUGUCUCCCUCCGUUCGUUCGGAGUAGAAUCGCAGUUUCUUUGAUCUUCCUCUUUAAAUUCUCCCUCCGUUUUCUGAAUCUUCAAUCCGAUUGAUUGUCGUUUCCGAUUCCCGGUAUAAUCUCCAUGGGAGAACCUCGUCAGUUUUCUGUUCAUCUCGCGCUCGGCGGCGGUGCAGUGGCUGACGUGUUGCUGUGGAAGAAAGGGUACCAAAGCGUCACUUUGCUAGUUGUUUCAACUGCUCUGUGGUUCAUAUUCGAGACAGCCGGAUACAAUUUACUGUCAUUCAUUUCAAAUGCUUUGUUCUUCCUCGCUGUAAUCUUGUUCUUUUGGGCAAAAUCCGCAGCGCUUCUCAAUAGACCUCUGCCACCACUCCCUAAUCUUGAGGUUUCUGAGGACGUUAUGCUGAGGGCUGCGGAUGAGACACGCUUGUGGGUAAACGAGGCACUAUCACUUGCACAUGACAUUGGCAUCCGUGGAAACUUGAGACUUGCAGUUCAGCUUGCUAUAGGCUUGUGGUUAAUUUCCUACAUUGGCAGUUUAUUCGACUUUCUUACGCUGGCAUACAUCGGAGUUCUGCUUAGUCUCUCUAUGCCAGUAUUGUACGACAAUUACCAGGAUCUUAUCAACGAAAAAAUGCAUGCUGCAUAUAAAUUGGUGCAAAUACAAUAUCGUGUAAUAGAUGAGAAGGUACUGAGCAGGAUUUCAUUGCCUGUGAGCAAGGAGAAGAAGAUCCAGUAGAUUCACUGUAAUUCCGCUUUCGCUCAUGUAAAUGCAAUUGGCCUUGAGAUCUAUCAAGAAUGCUGUUCGAAAACCUCCACGCCAUAUGUAGAUAUUUCUGCCACGUGUUUUGUCUGUUAUUUGUAACACAUCGGUGGUAAUUUUGGUAAAUUUGAAGCCAUACAGCGAGCCCUGUUCUGUUCUUCCUUUGCCUGCUUGAUAUAUCAUAUGCCAAUGCUAAGGAGAACGCUAGUUCUGUUUUUGAAGCUUUUUAAAAUGGACAAGAUUGUCUUGUGGAGUUUGUAAUAUUCUCUUGUGAGAGGGUGGGUCAAGUUAUAUACAAAACAAGUAGAUAGCGUACUCGAGGUCUGAUUUUUCUAGUCCGGUGCUCACGAUUUUCUUAUAAUCUGAAUUUGAAGUGCAACAUUCAUCUUGGUUGACAAAAAGUUUGUGAUUGCUCGUUUCUCCAGAUGAAAAAUACUCAAUCUAUCGAGCCAGUUUUAGUCGCGACUUCAAUUUUCUU